AUGUCCAACGAACUUCUACUACGGCUCUUCACUUCAGAGUUUUUCAACUGUUGGAUUGCUGUUUCUUAUUUGUUCCGUUAUUCAAACAAUGUGGGCAUUCAGCAUUACUUGUGUACAGAACUUAGACGCUUUCCUAUACCAGAGAUAGAAUUCUUCUUACCACAGUUAAUACAUUUGCUGAUUACCCGACCAUCUGAAUCGGUGGCUUUAGAACACUUUUUAGCUGAGAUGAGUGAAAAGUCCACUCACAUGGCUCUGAUGACUUUAUGGUAUUUGCAAGCUUAUGUUUCGGAUUUAUCGGCCAACCCAUCUACAGCUUCUUUUCAACUAUGUAAACGUUUACUCAACAGAACACAAACCAUACUGUUUGCUGAGGAGAUGGGGGAUACAUACAAUAAGAUCCGUGAAAAUGUAUUUCCUACUUUAGUAGGCAUGGGUGCUAUGUUAUUAGGCAUUGGUCAACCGAUUCUGACAAAGUCAGCAGGCCGAAUCGCUAUAGCACAAGGUAGAAGACUGCCAACGAAUAAUGCACCCUCCUCAACAUCACCGGCGCUAUCUUACAAGUCGACAUCUACGUCCACUCUAUCCACUGCUCCUUCAGUCGCUUCUUCUUCUUCAACGUCAGCCUCUAGGUCGAGUAGGAGAUCAUCUACGACAUCUUCGUUAUCACUGUCGUCUGUAGAUAUGGAAGAAAAGGAUGUACAAAAAAAACCAUCGUGUAGUCAUCGUAUGAGUGAUAGCGAUCCACAGCAAGAACAUCGUUCCCUUCAGCGACAUACGUCUUAUACCGGAUCUUUACUACGAAGCAACUAUUUCCGUUCCGAAAUACAAUUUGUUUUAGCGCUUGUGGAUAUUGCUACACGACUCAUUAUUGUUCCCAAAGAAGCGCGUAUGAGUGCCUUGCAGGCAGAAUUGACUCUACUCAAUCACAAUUUGCCAGCAGAAAUCUGUCUGCCCUUAUGGUGCCCAUGCACUACGCGUGGUGGCACUUCUGUCACAUGUUCUGAUUCUAUUCCUCUUGCUAGCAACAGCGGCCAUGAUUGUGGCCUUGGACACCAUCGUAUUGUACGUAUCAGUCCUUCAGAUGCAGUUGUUCUCAAUUCAGCAGAAAGAGCACCUUAUUUACUUAUGAUUGAAGUAUUGGAGGAGGAUCAAGAAAAGGAAAAUAACGGGGGAUGUAAAGACGGUGAAUCUUUGAUGCAAUCAGAGGAUGGACAGACGAAUGGAACGUUACACGUCAACUUAAACCCAGUGGAGCAGCCUCGAAAAGAUGAAUUUGCGGAAAGAAUGCGUACUGCAGCUGUCAUGUUGGCACAACUUCCCAAUGAUAAAAAGCACGAUCCUAUCCGACAAAAGAUCAUCAAAGAAAUGAUGGCAUUUGAGCAUCAGCGUAUGGCGAAAAUGGAAACAGAGGGUCAGGAUAAAGCAGUUGUUACUUGGGCAGUCAACAAAGAAGAUCCAAGUGCUGCUGUACUCUCUGAAAACUGGGAAGCGAAAAAGGAACGGCUGAGGUUAGCAUCUCCUUAUGGGCACUUGCCCAAUUGGCGAUUGAUCUCUGUCAUUGUGAAAAAUGGAGCGGAUUUACGACAGGAACAGUUUGCUAUUCAGUUGAUUAAAGAAAUGCAAAGGAUUUGGGAAGAUAUAGGCGUAGAUGUCUGGGUGAAAAAUUAUAGAGUGUUGGUCACUUCGGAUAGUAGUGGUUUGAUAGAAACUCUGAGAAACACCAUCUCGAUCCAUUCGUUAAAGAAGGAAGCGUACAGGCAAGGCUGGUAUGAACAGCAUAAAGGUGCCGUGUACACUUUGUCUGAUUACUUUGAAAAGCAAUGGGGUCCUGCGGAAUCAGAUGAGUUUAUAAAAGCACAGGACGCUUUUAUGCGAAGUCUCGCAGGCUAUUCUAUCGCGUGCUAUUUGUUACAAAUCAAAGAUCGACAUAACGGCAAUCUUCUUAUUGACGAUGCUGGGCAUCUUAUCCAUAUUGAUUUUGGUUUUAUGCUAUCCAACUCUCCGGGAUCUGUUGGAUUUGAAAUGGCGCCUUUCAAACUACCGCAAGAAUACAUUGAUAUACUAGGAGGUGUGCAUGGUGAAAAGUUUGCGGAAUACAAAGCAUUAAUGAAAGCGGCGUUUCUAGCAGUGAGGAAACAUAGCGAGAAUAUAUUGUUGUUGACGGAAAUGAUGUGUAAAGAUUCAAAGCUGCCGUGUUUUUUGAACGGGGACUUGACAGUGCCGCAGUUGAGAGACAGAUUCCAGUUACAGCUGACGGAACCUCAGGCCGAAGAAUUUGUGGAUCGAUUGAUAAUGAGUAGUUGUUGCAAUGUGUUUACAAGGUUAUAUGAUACUUUUCAAUAUUAUUCCCAGGUAACAAAAGAGAUGAUUCGUGCGCGAUUAUAG